AUGGAGAAUCGGAAGAAGCCUCCAUUCGAGCCUGAGGAAUACCCUCCAGGAUCAUUGCCCUUGCUCCAUGAACGAUGUGGCGAAGCAAGCUGGAUAGCUAUGUGCCGCCACGAAUGCACAUUUGAGACUCGGCACUUUGACGAGAUUAUGCUCAAUCUUGUUGAGAACCCAAACCUCAACUCUAAAUGGCUCUUCCGUGCAGAUGUCAUCCAUGAUGAGAGCAGUCACUCUCCUGUUCCUGCAGACGUCAAAAUCACCGAGAACAGCCCUCGUACUCGAGACUUUGAGGGAUUCAGUCGUCAAAGAACGAUAGUGCGUCGGCUGAUACCACGAAACACUCUUCGUGAUGCCCCCCUGGAUCAGACAUGCGCAUUCUACCACUCCCGGUCUGGAGUAGGGGAAUUAGACUCUGGAGGGCAAACUGGUUUGAUGCGAUCUCUUGUCUUGUAUAUGCCACAUGCGUCUUCUGCAGCAAAGCUACCUUUUUAUCACCCCAAGGUCAAAGGCAUCUGUCAACUUCACGAAUGGGAUCAAUCCACAGAGAUAGGCACCGUAUCUGUCCACUUCUUACUUUUUGACGGCGAAGAAGACGGUGAAGAGGUGGACCAAGUCAAACUCGGUAGAAUCGCUUAUCACUUACUUCAAACCAUACAUAAGCAUGGGCACGGCACGGCUGCAGGAUACAUCAAGAGGGUCAAUCACGACGUGGUUGUUCCCAGAGCGGUUUUCCAGGACAGGUAUUCUGAACUCAAGACCAAAUACGCCAGGUCUCUGGUGCAAUCCUGGCUCGAGACCACUGAUCCUGCAAAACACGUGUUUGAGGAUCUAGGUAUAGCUGCGUUUCUGAUCGAACUAUGGCGAGAUAUGUAUAGAGGUGUAGAUUUUCCUGGCUUCGUGGACAUCGGCUGCGGAAACGGUCUGUUAGUCCAUAUUCUGAAGCUUGAAGGAUAUGAUGGCUGGGGCUUUGACGCCCGCGAACGCAAGUCAUGGUCCCAGUACAACUCCUCGUUCUCCGGCUCACCCUCUGGAAAAUCUCUCCAAAGACUGCUCCUACUCCCCAACAUCAUACCUGUGGAAACACCCGAUGCGAAUACAAAGGCUAUCGACCCCAAAGAUGUUCACGAUGGCACCUUCCCGAAAGGCACAUUCAUCAUUUCGAAUCAUGCCGACGAACUCACACCGUGGACACCCAUACUUGCCGCUAUAUCCCAGUGUCCCUUUAUCUCAAUCCCGUGUUGCAGUCACAAUCUCACGGGCGACAGGUGGCGAGCCCCUCCACCACGCGACAAGUCCAAGCCGAAGAGUAUGUUUGCAUCAUUGGUCGAUUGGGUUGCACAAAUUGCAGAGGACUGUGGAUGGGACGUCGAGACAGAAAUGUUGAGGAUUCCAAGUACGAGGAACACAGGCUUGGUUGGCCGCAGAAACACAAAAGGUGCUGAGGAAAUCGACAUGCAUGCGGUGUUCCAAAAGUACGGAGGAGUCCAGGGAUAUUACAGCAAUGUCGCAAAACUACUCAAAUCAUCUCCUAGAGGCCACUGA